AUGCUGAUCUCCAAAGACCAAGAAGUGCGUCCUGAAUAUCAGGAAGGCUCUCAGCUUGCAUCUGCCGGCGGUCCCUCAGGAGUCUCCGAACCACCACCUCCAUUCCAAGACACAGAGCGACAUGGCGCGAUUGACAUUGAUUCGAACGAUGAAACCUAUGCGCCAGAGGGCGGUGAAGAACCUCCCCCAGACUUCACGCCAUACGAGGCAGAAUUCAUGGUCUCUGGGACCGGGAAUAUCGUGUCUCACGAUCUACAUCUGAACCAAGAUGGAGAAGCUCUGUACAGAUUCUUGCUAUCGCAAGCGAAUACUCCCCCGACCUACCAGCUGCAUUGUCGUGGGACUCACCAAGAGACGCGAACGCGGUUUGUCAGCGACUCGGAUGGCCAAAGCCAGUCCCGGAAUCGAACCGAAACGGAGACAAUCACUGUGACAGACUUCGACUUCUACGUGGAUGUCGGACGAAAUAUCGUCUCUGGACCUGUCCACUGGUCGGUGGGUGACAGCGAGCCCGCCUAUCGUGGGACAAUGGUCAAGCAAGUAGAUUUACCUGACGGGAGGAGGAACGCCACCCGCAAGGAAAUAAAAUCUGCUGAAACAUGGCAGAAGGAACGUUCGGGCAAAGGGUUGCCUCCUUGGGUUGGACAAGAUUGGUUCAAUCGGCCUGGCCCGGACGGGCCUCACGAUGGAACCGUCCUGAAAUCUUCCAAGACGCUCCGACAGUGGGCAGAUGAGUACUGCGCUAGCCCCAAAGAUCUCAAGGAGUUUGAGUACAAGAAGGUGAUAUAUGGCUGGAACAUUCAGGCCUUAACUGAUGCCACGCGUGCUGCCAUCAAAUCAACUGGUUAUCACGGUUCCCUCAGUGUUGGUUUCGAGACCACUGUGGACAGGAUUUACAUCCGACCAGACAACGGACUUUCCCGUGUCCUCUCCAACAAAUGGCUGAAAUUUCUCCUUGUGAUCACGCUGAUAUACCCAUUCAUAUGGCUCUUCAAACGCUUCCAUUCCCGUGGUGGCGGGAGAUGGGUGGUCUGCGGGGGAGCGUACGCCCUUAAAUGUUACCAACCUAUCUCCGAUAAUGAUGGGCAGUUUCCGAACACCACUGGCUUUGGCGAUCCAUCCAUCCUCAAAACUACAAUGACUGCUGAAACGGUUGCACCAGGUGGAGGGCUCCUCAGGCUAGUCGGUGUUCGGGAAGGGGAAUGGUUCCAUGACUGGGAAGGCGCUAUCCGGUCUGCUGUGAUAUCGCGAUUGCAGUCCAAGGCGCCGAUGACUCAUCCAGGGACACGCCCUUACAAUAAUCCUGCGGCCCUCAUGCUCGAUGGGUACUGA